AUGGAAUUCCCGGAAUUCCGUAACGGAAUUAGAUCGUAUCCAAACGGGAUAACUUAUCAACACAACACAACAAAUGUGGAACCAAAAUGGGACAAAUGGGAACAAGAUGCUAUUACUGUCGCUGGUGGAAAUGGAAAAGGACAAGAAUUAAAUCAACUCAAUGACCCUCGCGGAAUCUUUAUUGAUAAACAGAAAAAUAUUUUCAUUGUUGAUUAUUGGAAUCAUCGUAUUGUUGUAUGGAAAUAUAAUGCAAAAAAAGGAAAAAUCAUUGCUGGUGGAAAUGGACAAGGAAAUCGAAUAGAUCAAUUAGAUUUUCCAACGGAUGUGACUAUUGAUCAACAAGACCAUUCGAUCAUCAUUGCUAAUUUUGGGAACAACCGAGUGGUUCAAUGGCUGAAUCAAAAUCAACAAAUUCUCAUUGACAAUAUUGACUGUUAUGGCUUAGCAAUGGAUAAACAUGGAUUUCUUUAUGUUUCUGAUUUUGUGAAGAAUGAAGUGAGACGAUGGAAAAUGGGAGAAUACAACAGUGAAGGAAUUGUAGUGGCUGGUGGAAACGGAGACGGAAAUGAACUUAAUCAACUUAAUCAGCCUACUUUUAUCUUUGUUGAUGAUGAUCAAUCUGUUUAUGUGUCAGAUCAAAACAAUCAUCGUGUGAUGAAGUGGAGAAAAGGUGCAAAAGAAGGAACAGUUGUAGCUGGAGGAAACGGUCGAGGAAGAAAUCUUAAUCAAUUGUCUUCACCUGCAGGAAUGAUUGUUGAUGAUUUGGGUCGAAUCUAUGUAGUAGAUACUGAUAAUGAUCGAGUAAUGCGUUGGUGUGAAGGAAAAGAAGAAGGUGAAAUUAUUGUUGGUGGAAAUGGCGAAGGAAAUCAAUCAAAUCAAUUGGCUGAUCCCAUAAAUUUAUCUUUUGAUGAUGAAGGAAAUCUUUAUGUUGCUGAUUUUUUGAAUCAUCGAAUUCAGAAAUUUGAAAUAAUAUUAUGA